GACGAAAAGGUUAUGGUUCCAGAUUACUUUUUAUCUAAAGUUUACAAAAAAAUAAUAUAAAAUGGAUAAACGUCGACCAGAAUUAUCGAAUCAAGAAUUAAAACGCAUAUUACAAGUGAAAUGUGGAUGGAAAGUUCACAAUAUUGAUCGUCUGGAUUCCUUUGAGGACAGCAAUUUUUUUGUUAAGUACGAGAACUCCUGUGGGUCACGUUUAUAUGAAGAAAUGCAGGCAAUGGUUAAACUUUCUCAUCGCCGUAAUUUUUGCCAACAGAAAGCAGAAAAGGAGAGGAAGGUUAUGGAACAUCUGAAGGAUGAUGGGUUUAUCUGCACGCUAUGCCUAUCCUUUCCUGACGAUAAAUGGUUUCAUGAAACAGAUGAUGGUCAGUUUGUAAUUCGACUGUUCUCAUUCAUUCCUGGAAAACCUUUGAAGAAUUGUUUACAUAAGAUUGACAGUAAACGUAUGAUCAAAGAGUUGGGAGGCUUUACCGGAAAACUCCAUAAAUCUUUAAAGACAAUUACAAAGGAAAUUUCUCUUGAAUCUCGACCAAACGACCCUUGGAUUUUAGAAAAUUCUACAUGCCUACGAACUUUGUUAAAGGACAUCAAACAGAUUUCUUCUGAAGAAAGAGACGAUAUUAUUCUGAAAAUACUUCAGAAAUUUGAAGACAAUGUAAUGCCGUUGUUUAAAGAACUGCAGAAAGGCAUUAUUCAUAAUGAUAUUCAUGAUCUUAAUAUCAUUGUAAAUUACAAAGAUGGAAAUUUACAUCCAAUAUAUGACGCUGAGGAUAAUACUAAGAGGGAAACCAAGUUUGGACUAAUAGACUUCAAUGACAUAGCGUAUUCUCCUUAUUUAUUUGAAGUUGCCAUGAUCAUAAGGGAUUUAAUGGUUGAUGUCGAAGAUGUUGAUAGUAUCGAUAUUGGAGGACAUUUUCUGAAUGGAUACAAAGAAUUCUGUCAUAUUUCUGAUAAAGAUUUACAAUUAUUGCCAUACUGUAUUCUGGUUGGCUUGUGCCAAUAUAUUGUUGUUGGAGAAAGUGAAUUCCAGAAACAACCAGAUAAUGAAUAUACUCGACUUGGUGCUGAUAGUGCAUGGUUAAUGCUACAAAAACUUCAAAAUGUUGCCGAAGAAGAAAUGACAAGACAAUGGAACAGAAUCUUGAAAUCCUGACAUUUUAUUUCAUUAAAAAAAUGAAAUUUACAACGCAUUGAUAGUUCUAAAAAAGUACUUUUUGCUGUACAAAUUAUAUUGAAUGAU